AUGACCAACGUGGCCAUCUACUACUCCAUGUACGGGCACGUGGCCAAGCUGGCCAACUCCCUCAAGGCCGGCGUGACGUCUGUGCCUGGCGUCAAGGCCAGCGUCUACCAGGUGCAGAAAACACUCAACGACGACCUGCUCAAGGCUCUGCACGCCCCGCCCAAGCCCGACCUGCCCAUCGCCACGCCGGACGUGCUCAAGAACGCCGACGGCAUCCUG